AUGUGCCAUUCCCUGUGUGCUAUUACAUUCACUUGGAGAAGGAAGACUGAAUGGCUUGAGGUGCAGAGUGACAAAGUUAAGGCCAUCAGAUCAAGUGAUUCAGAUGGGGAAGUUUCUUUAUCAAGAAUGAGACUGGCUAUCUAUUACUUUGAGGAGGCACUUCAAGGAUGGGAAAAAACUGCUACUGCAAAGAAAAUCAAAGGCAUAGGUGAUGAUAUUAAUGUAUAUUAUGCUUUUGGCCCUGUUGAUCUCAUUUGUUGGUUGUUCUUAUUUUUCACUCAUGUUAACUCUGCUUGUGUAAAACCAUCAACAAAGAAAUAUGUGACACCUGGUGCAUAUCUGGCUGCAAUAUAUCACUAUGAUCCAUCACUUGCUGUUAAGACAAACAUUAACUUUGGAUUUUACAUAAAUACCAUCCGUGGCAUGGGUACUCCAAGGCACUAUAAGUUUGUUGAAGAAGUUGAUCAAGGGAAGGCUGGAGGUUGUUUUGGCCUCACUGAAAUCUCACAUGGAACAAAUGCAAAAGGAAUGAGACUAACAGCUACAUAUGAUCCACAAACUCAAGAAUUUGAGCUCCAUGCACCUGACUUUGAAGCCGGCAAAUGUUGGGUGGGAAGUCUAGGAAAAAGUGCCACACAUGCAGUUAUAUUUGCAAGACUUAUUACACCAGAUAAAACCGACCAUGGUCUACAUGCAUUUGUUGUUCCCUUACGGAAUCCAACAACCCUUCAGCCAUAUGCUGGUGUUAUUGUUGGUGAUAUGGGAGAAAAGGUUGGACUAAAUGGAGUUGACAAUGGUUUUGUGUUAUUCAAUAGAUACAGGAUACCUCGCGAGAACCUUCUAAACAAGACAGGGGAUGUGACUCCAGAAGGAAAUUAUGUCAGUCAGUUUAAAGACCCUAAUAAGAGACUAGGAGCUUCAUUUGGAACAUUGUCUGCUGGUCGAGUAGAUGUUCUGUCACAAGCUUUGGCAUACCUUCAGAAAGCAAUUCCUAUUGCCAUUCGAUAUGCUGCAGUGCAUACCCCAGAUGCUGAGAACUCUGUCACCUUGUUAGACGGUCAGUAUCAGCAGUGGCAGUUGAUCCCACACUUGGCUGCUACCUUUGCACUGAAAAUCCUCGUUAACUUCUUUUCUGAUUUGAUGGCUGACUUCCAAGUAAAAACAUUCCUUGGAACAAAUAAAGAAGAACUGGCAAAAAUGGGUCCAGAAAUUCAUGCUCUUUCAUCCGCUACCAAACCUUUAGCAAGUUGGAUGGUGGGAGAUGCCAUUAAACGGUGUAUAGAUAUUUGUGGAAAAUAUGGCUACCUGAAAGUAUCUGGACUUGGAGAUAUUCGCAACUUCACUGAUGCAACCUGCACAUAUGAAGGGGAAAAUAAUGUACUCCUGCAACAAACAAGCAACUGGUUAGUUAAUUUGUGGAAAAAACAAAAGGAAAGUGUACAUAAUUUUGACAUGCCUCUCAAGUCUGUUUCAUUCUUGUCUGAUGCAUUGGACAUUCUCCAGAGCAGAUUUAUGGCUAUAUCAAUGGAAGAAGCAAUAAAUCCAAAAACCUUACUCUCUGCAUAUGAAUGGCUGAUAUGUUGGCUGCUAGUAACAACGGAGGAAAAACUGGAUGCAUUGCUAAAGAAUGGAGCUGAUCCUUUCAGUGCAAAGAACAAUGCUCAAGUGUUUCAUGCUAGAACACUUUCUCUGGCAUAUGCGGAGUAUUUUAUGCUUUCCAACUUUUGGACCUACAUUUCAUCAAAAGACAUUGACCCAUCACUUACGGAGGUCUUGAAGAAACUCUGUUCCUUGUAUGGAUCUUGGAGCCUAGAGAAACAUCUAACAAUGCUUUAUAAAGGAGGAUAUGUGAAAGGCCCUCAGGCAUCCGAGAUGUUGAGGGAGGGAAUUAUGUACCUGUGUGCUCAUCUGAAGAAUGAUGCUGUCUCCCUGGCUGAUGCCAUAGCUCCACCAGAUUCCAUGCUGAAUUCUUUACUUGGAAACUCAAAUGGAAAAAUUUAUCAAAAUCUGCAAACACAUCUCUUCCAGAAACAUCAGACAUUUGAAAGGCCAACUUGGUGCAAUGAAGUGAUGUUUGUACAAAGUAAACUGUAGUGACAUUAUAAACUAUACUAUAUAUACACAUUUUCACUAGAAUGCUAA